GGCGGAGGAGGGGGCUGUGGAGCAGGAAGCGAGUCGUGUGUGUGAACUGCAAACAUCCAGCGCAGAGACUGAGACUCUCCGUGCCACGAUGUAGCCGCAAAUAGGCAGCACGCAAUCUGACAUAUUUCAUGUUUGGACACAGUCGGCGUCUGACACUGCGGAUAUUGUAGUUAAGAGCGAAGAGGAAGAAUGAAGGUGGUGAAGGGCUGCGGUAUGCGGUCUUCGGUGGGCUUCUUGUCCCGGAGGAAGAUCAACGGCCACCCUCUGAUGAAGGACGAAUUUCAGAGGCGACGACUGGCAGGCUGCACCAGUCUGUACAAGAAGGAUCUGCUGGGACAUUUUGGAUGUGUCAAUGCAAUAGAGUUUUCUAACAAUGGAGGGGAAUGGCUGGUGUCCGGAGGAGAUGACCGGAGAGUGUUGCUCUGGCACAUGGAGAAGGCCAUCCACUCGCGGGCCAAACCAGUCAAGCUGAAGGGAGAGCACCUGUCCAACAUCUUCUGCUUGGCCUUUGACAGCACCAAUAAAAGGGUCUUCUCCGGAGGGAAUGACGAACAGGUCAUCCUCCAUGAUGUGGAGAGGGGUGAUACUCUGAAUGUGUUCCUCCAUGAUGACGCUGUGUAUGGUCUGUCUGUCAGCCCAGUCAACGACAACGUGUUUGCCAGUUCCUCAGAUGAUGGACGCGUUCUGAUCUGGGACACCCGCGAGCCACCUCAUGGAGAACCCUUCUGUCUGGCAAAUUACCCGUCCGCCUUCCACAGUGUGAUGUUCAACCCAGCUGAGCCCCGGCUCCUGGCCACUGCCAACUCCAAAGAGGGAGUGGGAUUAUGGGACAUCCGCAAGCCCCGCAGCUCCCUGCUGCGCUAUGGAGGCAGCCUGUCUCUCCAGAGCGCCAUGAGCGUCCGCUUCAACAGCACGGGCACCCAGCUGCUGGCCCUGCGCCGCCGCCUGCCCCCCGUCCUGUACGAGCUGCACUCCCGCCUGCCCAGCUUCCAGUUCGACAACCAGGGCUACUUCAACUCCUGCACAAUGAAGAGCUGCUGCUUCGCCGGAGACCGCGACCAGUACAUCCUGUCAGGAUCAGAUGACUUCAACCUGUACAUGUGGAGAAUUCCCAAGGAUCCAGAGGCAGGAGGCCCAGGCAGAGUGGUGAAUGGAGCCUUCAUGGUGCUGAAGGGGCACCGGUCCAUUGUUAACCAGGUCCGCUUCAACCCCCACACCUACAUGAUCUGUUCCUCGGGCGUAGAAAAGGUCAUCAAGGUGUGGAGCCCAUACCAGCAGCCUGACAGUGUGGGGGACCUGGAGGGGCGUGUGGAGGACAAGUCCCGCAGCCUGUACACCCACGAGGAGUACAUCAGCCUGGUGCUCAACAGCGGCAGUGGCCUGUCCCACGACUAUGUCAGCCAGUCCAUCCAGGAGGACCCGCGCAUGAUGGCCUUUUUUGAUUCACUGGUGCGUCGGGAGAUUGAGGGCUGGAGCUCGGACUCGGACAGUGACCUGAGCGAGGGCACCAUCCUGCAGCUGCAUGCGCGGGGGCGCCGGUCAGGGAGGGCAGGGAGAGAGGCAGCCAGCACCGCCGCUGCCACCCCGGCUGUCCACAGCGAUUCCGAACACUCCUCCUCGUCUUCACUGGCUGCCCCUACGCAGACGGGCUCUCCCUGUCCCGUUGAGGAGGACGUGCUUUCCACGCCUCACCGCGCGCAGUCCUACCAAGCCGUCCGCCUGCUGGAUCUCGUGAACGACUCCUCCGAGUCCAGCGAAUACUGGCCGGACCCGAUUCCUCGGCCUCGCUCUCCAAGUCCCAGGGAAAACUCCAGCCUCUCCAGCGUAGCCUCUUCCCUGGCAGCCACCAGCAGCAGCACCAGCAGUAGCAGCACCAGCAGUGAGGCAGAGGAGGAGGCCCAAGAGGAGCAGAGAAGGGUGAGCACCCGGCAACGCAACGCAUCCAGGAAGCGCCGUAGGAGGUUCCCAUGUCUGACGGGGGAGAGGCCCGAAACUGCCAGGGGCCUCUAUGCUUGGAUGGACAGCUGCGCGUACCCCAAGAUCACUGUAGAGGACCCUUCCUCAUCCUCUGGGGAUGAAGCACAAAAUUCUGAAAAGGCCAGGUGCGUGAGCCCAGACAAAGACAGGUUGGGGUUUCAGCAUGAUGCUCCACCCGGAACGAUCCCUGAAAUCCUUCCAGGGAGUCCCAAAGAGGAAAGGGAAUUAGCAGGGGUGAGUAGAGCCCCCGCAGAGGAGAGCUCAGCUCCUAAGAUCCCCCUUAGUAAGGCUCUUGGUGAGGACCUGACAUCUCCAAUCAAGAAGGAGCUGCGGGCAGGUGGAGAAAGAGACUUGAUGGCAGAGGGAGCUAGCAGUGUUGGAGCCAGAGGUUCAGAAACCGAGGUGGAGGACUACAGCGGACCCCCACCUCCUAUUGCUGCUCUGGAGCCGAGCAGCAUCUCGCAGCCUUCAGAGAACAGCUGCAACUCGACCAUUCAGCACAAUAUGGACGUCAAUGGACAGCAUCCCGGAGAUGGGGAAAAUCAAGACUUGUUGGAAAGUUCUCAGGCCUCCCCAAAUGAGUCGCAAAUCCCCAGCCACAGCAAACCAGAAGCAGAAUCUUUGGGGUCUAAAAUCAAGGCAGACAGGUCCUCCAAACGACCACAAGCCCUUGGGAUGGUGCACAGCACAGGAGCCGGGCUAAAACGGACUCGAGCCGGGCCAGAGGAGGCAGACUCUGAGAGCUCUCCGUCUGAAAAGAAAUUCAGAACAUGAUGGCAACCUAUCUAGGCUGAAUGUUGAGAAAAGAGCCUUUUUUUAAGUGUUAGAGCCAUCAUUGAGUUCCUAAAAUUUAGUAUGAGUUCAGACUAAAAACUGCAACAUCUAGGAGCUUAGGUAGUCAUAGAAGACAUCUAUCCCAUCGAUAGCUACUUUGAGCAACGGGGACCUGCCGGCUUGUUCUUUUGCAGUCAUUCGAAUUUUUGCUUGGAUUUUUCAGUUGAAUUCCAACUCCAGAGAAGGCAAUCAGAGCAGACAUUAAUAAUAUCAAAAGUAGUGCAAUUGAUAAUUAUUCAGUUUUCAGUUCAGAAGAAUUAAUUUGGGCUUUUUUUAAGUUUAACAAAGCAAAAUCUAACACUUUUCUCCAAAGGUAAGGACCUACUUACCAAGCGUUUUGGAUUUCUGAUGUGUUCCAUGUGGAGAGAGUUGAAAGUCAGGGAUUCUUUUGUGGACUGUGAGCUGGGAUAUGGCAUAAUCAGGCAUGGUCAAAACCUCUCUCCACUGAACUUAUUGUGAUGUUCCAAAUGUACAAGAUUUGUUUCAAGAUUGUGCAUUAAAGUUAUAUUCCAGUGUUCAUCCAUCA